UCUCGGCUCAGCCUCGGCGGGCUACCUGGAGGCGAUGCCGUCGGCGGGGCGGCUCGGGGGCGCCGAGGUGCUGAGGCUGCUGCUGGUGGCCCACGCGGUGGCGGCGUUCGAGCCCAUCAGCAUGACCGUUGCCGUCGGGGCGGUGUCGCUGCUCACCGCCCUGUCCUACAAGAACCUGCACUGCCGCUUCGCCGAGUGCUGCCUGGACGAGCGGCCGUUCAACGCGUCGGCUCUCAAGCUAGACUUGGAGGAAAAGCUGUUUGGGCAGCAUCUGGCCUCCGAGGUGAUUCUCAAGGCACUGACGGGCUUCAAGAACAACAAAAGCCCCAAGAAGCCACUGACUCUUUCCUUACACGGCUGGGCCGGCACCGGCAAGAAUUUUGUCAGCCAAAUUGUGGCCCAAAAUCUUCACCCCAAAGGCCUGAAGAGUAACUUUGUCCACCUGUUCAUACCGACGCUGCACUUCCCGCACGAGCACCAGAUAAACCUGUACCAGGACCAGUUGCAGACGUGGAUCAAGGGCAAUGUGAGCGCCUGCGCCAGCUCCGUGUUCAUAUUUGACGAGAUGGACAAGCUGCACCCGGGGGUCAUCGACGCCAUCAAGCCGUUCCUCGACUACUACGAGCAGGUGGACGGCGUGUCUUACCGGAAGGCCAUCUUCAUCUUCCUCAGCAAUGCUGGGGGGGACCUCAUCACCAAGGCAGCCCUCGACUGCUGGCGAGCAGGGAGGAAGAGGGAAGACCUUCAGCUGAAGGACCUGGAAGCCGUGCUUUCUAUCGGCGUCUUCAAUAACAAGCACAGUGGCCUGUGGCGCAGUGGAUUGAUAGACAGAAACCUCAUCGAUUACUUUGUCCCCUUCCUGCCCCUGGAGUACAGACAUGUGAAGAUGUGUGUGAGGGCAGAGAUGCGGGCCCGUGGCUCCGCCGUCGAUGAAGACGUGGUCACCAGGGUGGCGGACGAAAUGACGUUCUUCCCCAAGGAUGAGAAGAUCUACUCGGACAAGGGGUGCAAGACGGUGCAGUCGCGGCUGGACUUCCACUAGCCUCUCGUCCCGGGGCCGCGGCCUGGGGGCUGGGCACGCCGGGACCUGGGCUGUUUGCACGUUUGCACCUGUGCACUUUCUGGAUGGGGGAGUUUCUUAGGGCUGGUUUUUGCUGAGCUGCUGGUCUGCAGGUGCUCUUGUCAGUUUGCCGCCUGACAGCCGUCUGUCUGUCCUUGGGCCUGAAGGCAACUUCUCAACCCCAGCGCUCGCUGUUCUGACCUCGCACGACGCCUGCAAGCCGCCAUGGAGGGGACCUCCAGCGUGGAAGUCGGCCCCAUGGCGCCCUGGCCUCAGCAGCUGCUGCUGGAACGAGGAGCUCAAGGCCCCGGCUGCACGGGGAGCCUCGGCUCCCGCCUGCCGAGACGCGCGGGCUUUGCCUUGCCGGCGGCCCAUUCGUGCGCUCCGUUACAUACGACAGGUACGGACGGCCUGGGGCCCUCGACCCCGGAGAACCGACGCACUCGGGUGGGGCUCUCAGGCCCUGCGCAGAACGGGCCACUUGGGGCCCCAGCCCGUGCCCCGGGGUGUGCGUCACGGCUGCCCCCGGCCCGCCGUCCUCAGGAGCGCUGAGGCUGUUGCUUCCAGUUUGGGCCUCGGUCCCCGGGGCGAGCUGUGUGUUCUGGUGCGUGCGAGGGCGCCUCCCUUCACUCCCUGGCGCUCCCGCCGGCCCCCGCCCGAGGGGCUGCUGCCAGACGCUGCCUUGCCAAAGGGAGGGAGGCCUGCCCGGAGCGCUCGCGUCUCCGCGGACGUGUGUGUUCUAGAAUGUUUUUACUUCUGAGUUUUAAAUAAUAGAAAUACAGGCUGUUGCUUAUUUUAAGCCACCGGGACACUGGAAUGGGGUAGUCUUCGCACAGAUGAAUGUUUCUUGUCCAGCGCGUGUGGCCGUCAGGGCCGUAGCUCUGGGUGGUGGCUGCGCCUGGGCGCCUCACAGCGGCGCUGCGUGGCAGCACCGGCCUGCCCCUGGGAGGGUCCUGCAGCUGGCUUGCGCCCAGAGGCCCCGGUCACGGCACCCCGCAGGUGUGACUGGGCCGCUCCCCGCGCCGUGCACCGAGCGUUUCUGCCUCCCCACACAUCGAGCGCACGGCGGAGCAGUGUCCUCACAGGGGGCUGGGCUCCCCUGGCAAGGUGUGCCGCGGUGAAGCUGAGCGUCUUCCGUGCACGCUCUCACGUCGGAGCCAAACUACAUUUUUUAUAAGCUUCUGGGUGUCCAGCGAGGAGGAGACAAGCUUUUGUUUACAGUGAACCAAAGACCGGACACGUGUCGGCCACCUUUGGACCGUGGGUAGCGGCUGUGACGGGCCCGGGCUGACUGCGGCCGGCCUCCCCUGCCCUAGCGAGAUGGAGAUAAGAUCUGAAUCCACCGACAGAAUGUAAAGUGCCAUAUGAUAAUGAGUAAUAAAACUUGC